AUGUCCAGCCAGUGCAGCAGUGUGGCCACGGAGAGCUGCUUUAGUCGCAUCACCAGCAUAGACGAGGGGGAGGAGGAGCGGAUCUUGUCCAGCGAUCUCUUCGCUUUCUGCCUUCAGGUGGCGCGGGGUAUGGGGCAUCUGGCUGAGAACAAGAUUGUCCACAGAGAUCUGGCAGCUCGCAAUGUGUUGGUCACUGACAGGUGCGUGUGCAAGAUCACAGACUUCGGGCUGGCUCGAUGUCUGGGGGACACUGACCACUACGACAGGUCGUCGAAGGGCCCACUGCCGGUUAGAUGGUUGGCACCAGAAAGUUUGAUUGACAGAACACACAGCACCAAAUCUGAUGUCUGGGCCUGCGGCUUUCUUCUGUGGGAGAUUGUUACGCUAGUUCUCGUGCUGUGA